GUAACUCAAAAGAUACUGAAAUAAUAUGUAAAAACAUCCCCCAAAAAAGUGUAAAAGGUCAUGGAUAUAUUCCGCCAAUAUAAAAUUAAUAAAUUAAAGAAAAUUAAAACUCAAGAUAUUUGCAAUACUAGGACAAACUAAACCAGAGGAUGAAAAGUUGCAACGUUGUCACACCAAUGUUCACAACCCAUUCAGCCAUUUGAGCCACAAUUGACAUGAUCACGAUCAUCUCUCAGCUCUCCUUUUGCUUUCUCUUUCCACAUCAACCUUCUUCAUCCUCCAUGAGAAUUCUCACUUCUCCUUUUCCAAUCUUCCCUCCUCACUCUAAACCCACCAUUUCCAGGACCAAAUAUCAUCAAUGCAGAGUUUCCAUUAAGCCGCCACCAUCCAACUUCGAUUUCAAGAAUGAGUUCUUCAGCGCCUCUCGGGAUGCUAUUGAAGAAGCGCAACCGGGAUUGCUGGAUUUGGCUGAUAAUGGAACUCUGUUUCUGAUCAAGAAGAGUCAAUUUGGACCUGUUCCACCAUGGAGAAGUGACUUUGUGGAACCAGAGGCCAUUUGGCUGAUUGGAACGUACCAUCUUUCUAUGGAAUCAGCUGUGGACGUUGAAAGGGUCAUUCGUGCUGUUAGGCCGGAGAAUGUGGUUGUUGAGCUUUGCAGAAGCAGAGUUCAGGGCAGGCAUCAUGUACACUUCUGAUGAUAAUGAUAUCAAUCAGCCUUUAAAAUCAAACAUGUUUUCUUUGAGUGGGACGGGUUUUUUUGGCGCUGUUGGUCGUAGCAUAAACUUGGGAGGUCAAACUGCUCUAGCAUUACGCGUUUUGCUGGCACUUUUCUCAUCAAAAAUGUCUUCAGUUGCUAAUCGUCCUUUUGGAGAUGAGUUCCGGGCUGCACGAAAGGCUGCUGAGGAUAUUGGUGCUCAAAUUAUAUUGGGGGAUCGUCCAAUAGAAAUAACUCUUGAACGAGCAUGGACUUCGCUAAAAUGGAAAGAGAAGAUGAGCCUUCUACUCUCUGUCUUUGGCGGAAUAACCUCAUCCACGGACUUAUCAGCAAAGGCAUUGGAGGAAUCAAGUUCUGAUGAUAGUAACUUUCAGCUGUAUGAGAAAUUAAGCUUUUCAUAUCCGUCACUUCUGCAGCCACUCCUACAUGAACGUGACACGUUUCUUGCUUGGUCUCUGAAGAGGAGCAAAGCAGUGAACAACUGUAAGCAAGUUGUCGGAAUCAUUGGGAAGGGCCACAUGAAUGGAGUAAUAUAUUCCUUGGUGUCUGAUCAAGGAAACUUGCGCUUUCGAGAUCUUGUUGGGAAGAGUCCUUCAGGAGGGCUCUCUGGCUGGGUUACUACUAUCUUUGGUAACCUGGUUAGAGAUGCUAUAAUUGGUGUCCUUCUGUGGCUAUUGUAUGAACAACUAACCAAUGGUUUGAAGUUGAUUGACUAAACUGCAAGGCCAAGUUUCGGACUUCUUGUACUAUCCAAAAACACUCAAGUUAAUUCAAUGAGAGGGAUGAACACUCCUAUCUGGACUGCCAUCGAGAAAGAAUAUGAAAUAUUAUUCUCGUUCUCCAUUUUUGUGGAGCUAUUUUUUAAGCAAGGUAGCGGAUAAGUCAUCCAAGAGUUAUGAAGAAUUGAAUAGUUUAACAGUUAGAAUGUUAAGCUCUUAUAUGGUUAUAAAAUAUUUUUUCAGGAAAUAUGUGGAGUAUUGGCGGAUUCAGAAUUUUAAGAUCGUGGGUGCUCAAGCCAACUUUAAUAAAUAUAAUGUUGUUACUGGCCAGAUCUCAUAACGUAACUUAUGUAAAACUUGACCAUCUAAGAAACAAUUUUACCAACGAACUAUUAAUAUGGUUACUGCAAAAAAUAUUAUUGUUC